CAGAUCUCUGCGUUACCAUAAGAAGGUGAAGCCUUGCUUUCUGGAGGCACAUUGGAACAGGACUUACCUACAGCCUGUGGACAUUUACCAAUAGUGGUAAAGACAGGAAUUCUCCUACUUUGUGAACAUGGGGGGUUUGGUGACAAUGAAAGCUAUGCAGUGAUGCAUUUGAGGAAUGUAAAGCUUCAAUCUCUUUGAACACUUUGAAAAUUGCUUUGGAAGAAAGCUGGACAGUUAUAGGAGUAUAUACAUGUUUUACCAUGUCCAAAGGAAGUGAAAGGUGCAGUCAGGCUAAAGGUACACGGUGCGUCCCAAAAAGGAAGAGUUUUCUUCAGCCUUUAACGGGAGAUCAACAUGUUAAUUGACUCUUUUACCGAGACCGAAAGACCAAUCCGUCCAGCCAUCAUUUAGUCGUAUGGAGCUUUGAGGGACCCGCGUGUCACUGGGUGGCCUGGACAUGAGAGGUCAGGGGUUAGGGUUGGGCAUGCCAGCUGGUGGGACGCCUGUCAGUUCCAUAAUAACGGCAGUGCAGCAGAAGGAGUACUCAGCCGGCGUCUGGCUUCGAAGGAAGGACAAACUGGAACAUUCUCAGCAGAAGUGCAUUGUGAUCUUUGCUUUGGUGUGCUGCUUCGCCAUACUGUUGGCGUUGAUUUUCUCAGCGGUGGACAUUUGGGGCGAAGAUGAAGACGGGAUCACAGAGGAGAACUGUAGCAGGAACUGCAAAGUAGUGCUUGUGGAGAACAUCCCAGAAGACAUCUCCUUCUCAGACAAUGGUACAGCACACCUCCCUCUCUCAGCGGGGCUGUACAACUUACUGGACCGAGCUGUCCGGGUCGUAGAGAUAGUUUCCCCGCUGUGGCUCCUCAAUUCCUCCGAUUAUGAAUCCAGCUUCCAGCCGGCUGCCAGACAGGGCAGGGCUCUGCUGUCCAGGCUGCAAGGGCUGAAAGCCAAAGGAAUCCAUCUGAAGAUCUCCAGCGGGAUGAUCGACUCAACUGAGCUCGGGACGCUCGCCAAACACUAUGCUGAAGUCCACUAUGUGAACACGACAGCGCUGAUCAAAGGCCAAAUCCAAUCUUCUUUCUGGGUGGUCGACAGGAGACAUUUCUACAUCGGCAGCGCCAGCAUGGACUGGAGAUCCCUCGCCACAAGGAAGGAGCUCGGUGUGUUGGUGUACGACUGCAGCUGUCUGGCUCUGGACCUCCACAGAGUGUUCAGCCUGUACUGGGGGCUCCAGUACAGAGACUUCAUCCCCUCCUUCUGGUCCAAGCGUCUGUUUGCCCUCUUCAACAGGGACGCACCGCUGGAGCUCACGCUCAACAGCACAAAGGCUCAGGCCUACGUCUCUAGCUCCCCAGAUUUUUUCAUUCCCAAAGAUCGUAGCAAUGAUCUUGAAGCAAUUUCCAGGGUCAUCCAGGAGGCUCGCCAUUACAUAUAUAUCUCCAUCAUCGAUUACCUGCCUCUCCUCAGCCGCAACGCUCAAAGGUACUGGUCUCGUAUCGACGGUCUAAUCCGGGAGGCUCUGAUCCUUAGGAAGGUCCGGGUUCGUCUGCUGAUAAGUUGCUGGGAAAAGACUCAUCCACUUAGUUUUAACUUCCUCUGGUCCCUGAAGAGUCUGUGCAUGGAGCAGGCCAACUGCUCACUGGAAGCUAAGUUCUUCAACCCCAGAGUGCAGAGGGAUGGCAGUCUCCAGGGAAUAAACCACAACAGGUUUAUGGUGACAGAUAGAGCCAUUUAUUUAGGUAAUCUUGACUGGGUGGGGAAUGAGUUUACCUUUAACGCAGGAGUAGGCUUGGUGAUCAGUCAGCCAGAGGGCGUCGAGGAGAGGAACUCUACAGUGGUGGAGCAGUUACGGGCUGCAUUCGAGAGGGACUGGUUUUCACGUUACACCUGCUCAUUGCAGGUCAAUAAGAUCCCCGUCUGCAACAAGCACCAGAUCAACAGGCUGGUGCCAGAGAAAACUAGCCACCUAGACAAUGGACCAGUGCCUAUCAGAAUAGGCCCGCACGAUAACGGACUUGCACCAAUGAGACACAAUCGCAAAGAUGACGGACCGACUCCAGUUAAAGCAAAGCACCAUGACGACAGGCUAAGCAGGAAUAGUCACCAAGGCGAGGCCAACGGACUGGUGCCUAUUGUAGAUAGUUAUCAAGAGAGGGGCGUCAAAAUGAGCCACCUGGACAACAGACAGGUUCAAAUCAAAGGUAAUCCGAUGGAUCCACCCGGCCAGUCAGCUGAGAGCAGCGGCAGCAGAGAGGUCUUCAACGGCUCCCUGUGACCAUCACGAGAGCUGCUCUCUUCCACUAACCAUUGACUUAACACACCGGGUCUUUGUAGCAUCUCAUUGUUGCCAUUAUGAAGACGGGACUUGAUAAUGUUCACGGAGGAACUCAGGAAGGAAACUGCAGUCUGGCACUUUUUAUGGAUUUAUUUUUAAGAAUGAAGUUAAAAGAAAAUUGGUUUAGAAGAAACACUGAAUAACACACUUUAAUAAUAACUUACAACCUUGCUACUUAUUUAUUAUUAAUUCUCUACUUGUUGAGAUCUCUCAAGCGAAGUUGCCUAAUUAUUGGAUGUCAUUAUUUAUCACUCUUUAAAAGGGGAAUUGACGACUGCAUGCCUAAUGCAAAGAUAGGAAGCAGUGCAUCGCGUGUAGCCACACGAGCAACGUUUAGCAUUAAAGAUGUAGUGAAAGAUUUACUACACUAGCUUUACAUGUUGUGGAUCUCUGUACUCUGAUUGGUAGUGGACACUUCGGCUUCAUGUAAAUAGUUUGUGACUCUCCAGCAGUAUUCUGAAUAAGUUACUGUACAUUCAAAUAAUUACUUAAAGCUGUAAACUUAUUAGAUAUUAACAUAGACCCCAGUCAUUUCUCACAAUAACACACAUUGAUUCUAUUAGUCCUGGGAUGGAAACAAGCCCAUAACUCAUUUUGAGUCCACGGUUGAGGAGCUGGGCUCUAAAGGGAUUGAUCAAAUAACCUCAAUCCCUAAAGAAGCACUAAACACUGAAUAGACAGCGGGUUGAUCAUCCACGACACGAUGCAACAGCCUUCAUCAGUUAAAGUGGAAAGCAGGUAUUGUCCCCUGGAAGAAGAGGGGCUGUAGAUCUGAACGGCUUCUUAUAGAUAAUCAUUCAAAUAUAAAUAAAUUGAAUGGGUAUCUAUAGUAUUCUUCUUAAUGCAAUGUUGUUGAACUAAAGGAGCAGUUAGAAGAAGGGGCCAGAGGGUCUCUGCUGCCAAAUCAAUACACUGAGUCUUUAACAGAGCUUGACAGUUGCAGUUGCUUUAACCUUGUAACAUCAUGCCUGUGACUGAAUAUAUCAUUACCUUUACCAUUUGGUGGUAGAGCAACAAAUACACGAUUGUUAGUAAAAAGAAAAGAUUUACUUUUGACUAAAUGCUUGGAGCAACUUUUCAUUUGCAAGACCUUUUACACACUCUUUGCUGUCAGUGCAACAAUGCUUGUUAGUUUAUAAUGUUGGAAGCCAUUAAUGAAGGAAACAGAACGUAUGUCCAGAGAGAGCUACAUUGUGAUGCAUUCAUCAACAAUAUGCAGGGUAUUAUGGUCAGUGCUUUAAUGUGAGCGCAGGUGUAAUGAGUGUUUAGUCUGAUUUCAAUUAGCAGGGAGAACAAUUGCAAACCUUAAAGGGGACAUAUUACGCUCAUUUCUAGGGUCAUACUUGUAUUAUGGGUUUCUACUAGAACAUGUGCUUUAAUGAUAAAAACAUUUUUUAAUUAUUUUUCUGAAUUUACCUGUCUUCACCGUAACCAGAAAUAAUUAUAAACAAGUCAUUUGUGCAAAAUAAUUGUCAUAUAUCACAUGAUUUCUGGUGGAUAUUAAAGUAUUUUGUAUUCAGCAUUUGAGCAACCAGUCAGAUGUAACACAGUAUACAGACUCCGUUUGGUCAUAUACAUUCCCUACAUGUACAGGACAGGACACGUGUAGCUGUCCCACUGAUAUCAGUGGAAAAUCUAACAUUUGACCACUUGACAAUUGUAAUCUGGUCAUGAUGGAUAACUUCUGCCAUCUAGAGGACGUCUCGAGAAAGAACAUUUCUUAACACUUAUUUGCUGCAAUAUAUGAAAGUUUUAAAAACUUAGAACAGUUUCUCCACACAGAGUGAGUAGAGCUUGAGAAUUAUCUCAAUAAUAAUGUCAACAUGUUGUCUUGCAAAGCAUUACGUCAACACAGCUGGUCUGGAGUCAGAGUCAGUCGUUGAGUAGUACGCUGCUAUUGUAUGAUUGUUACACAGGGGGCAGGAAUGCUGCUAACGCACCCUGGACCCACGUCUUUGUGUACAUUAAGUGUUUAUUUGUUUUCAAAGUAUUUUGAGAGUUAAAAACAGUGACUAUUUUCCACUUUCCUUUAAUCAGCAACAGUUUACAAUCUGCUACAUGCAAAUAACCAAAUCCAAGGAAAAAGAAUAGGAAGGUUUGUGUGAAAGAUGUUUUUCUUGAAGUCAGAAGGGUGGAUGGGUUUGAUGUUGCUGCAAAGUGUAGCAGGCUGAAGCACUAUUACUGACUGGUUCAAUUCAGAUGCUCACUGUAAAAGCUUUUUAAUGUCGCCUACCUUUAUUCUUUUGAAUUGUUUCGGCAUGACUGCUGCUUGCAUGACCUGCCUUUAUGAACUGUGCACAGAAGCUAUGAGCCUUUCUAUAGAUAAUAAUGAAAGCUUAUAUACCUUUAAAAAAAAUACAGAAGGAAUGUAUAUUUAUUGAAUACCCUUGUUAAUGCACACUACUGAAUUAUAUGAUUGCUAUGUUUUUACUCUUAAUAAAAAAAUAUACUCUUAA